AACGAAUUCACCGGAUAUCGGUUGAUAUGCGAGUAAUUCGCAGGUUCAACCUGAAGGGUUUGUGGGUUGACUCUUCCAACUACUCUUCCUGCCCCAAGCAUCGGUUCCGUGACUCUAGUAUCACUCCUACUACGUAUACAUAGCCAACAUGGGGCAAAGACACCAGGCUUUCCUGAUCGCCCGAGUCGUCCCUCACGGAUCCAAAGAUGGUCGACCCAGAUACCGCUGCAUCGCUGUAUUUCAUCAUCAAUACUGCUGUGGUAGUUUGGUGUUGUCCGCCGUAGACCGUUUGCUCCCUCUGCUCAAGCAGAAGGAGAACGCGGAGGUCGUGAAGGCGGAGAUCCAGAACAUCCAGGGCAAGUACGGCCGAUGCAAGCAGGAGCCCAAGCUGCCAGACUUCCCGUGCCCAUUCACUGCGUCGUUGCUGGGCCUGGCGUGGACUAUGGAUAAGGGCGAGGAAAGGAGGGGGUGGCCAUAUGUGAGCGGCGUGUCGUUCACUUGGGUGAAAAUGCCCGCGGAUAGUAGGCCUUGGGCCCCAGACUGUGACAACAACGACGGAAUCACCGUCAUAGAUGUUACAGAUCCUGGAUCCCCUGCCUACUGUUUCAUGUCCGGUGAAGGGUCCAUGCGACCCAUCACCGCGCGCGGCUAUAUGCUCUACUAUGACGAUAUCGGCGACGUACCGGCACACACUUUGCGUGCCUUCGACCGUAUCCCUUUGGUGACGCAGGAUAUAAUCGACGAGGCGUGGCCUCCGCAAGACAAACUCGAAGGCGCGGAGACCGGACCUAGUACUGAUGGCGAUAACUUCCCUCGAGACACGGCAAACAGCCUGAUCUCUUCUCUCGCUGAAUUGUCAUUAGGACUCGCGCUCGACCAAGCUAUAUCUAUUGGCGAUACAAGCGACAUCGAAAGGCUCUUGUUGCAGCCAGAGAAAGUCGACCUUGUCCGUUCGCACUUACAACGCCACAAACCGUUCCCAAACAGCGCACUAUCCCUGCUCGAGGCUGUGUUGGCGGAUGAACACGACUCCGAAGCGGUCAACCUCUCUGGCUUUAACCUGUCUGGGGAGCAACUACUCCAGGUUUUAUCCUCCCACAACGAAGCAGUGCGCACGCUGAACAUCUCAUUCAAUGAAGUCAUCACGUCGGAGGGCAUGUCGAAGCUCCUCGCCGCGAUGCCGUGCCUGCGUCGAUUGGUUCUCAUUGGCUGCACGUCUAUCAUGGAUGACGAUCUCUGUGAUCUAAUGCGGACGGAACCUGAACUGUUCUACACGCUAGACACCCUCUUGCAUCCCAUGUUGCUGGAGAUCAAGGAGCCUCCACAGUGGCCUGUCGCCUUCACGUUUGCAGGUUCAUUCGAUAUGCCCGGGGAGAUGCGCGGCUGCUGCCUGCCUGUCUUCACUCCAACGAGUGUAGUGCAGUCCCUCCUCGACUUCCACGACAUGGCCAUGGCAUUCCUCCAACUCAGUGGCUUGAAAUCAGCGAGCAGAGGCGGUAUGACAGCUCAAGCUGCCUUCACCGCGGUGCGCGAACCGGACGUGCGGUGGUCCCGGAGGGCCCUCGCGGCUGCGCCCCUGUUCGGCGUGGACGAAUGGAAUAUGCCCCCGAACUGGGUGUGCAUCUCUCACUAUGGCGACUGUGAACUACCCGCUGCCACUGCAUUUCAGUACGCCUUCGUCAAACACAACCGCGCUAGCCAUUCACCGGAUGGCAAAGCGGUUAAAGCCUCAGUUCAGUAUUUCGACUUACCGGGCUUUCUGACCAUGCUGAAACGUGAAAGGCGGCCACCCGUUGACAAGGUCCUGGCCGCUCAACUCUCGCGAAGACUGCUGUCGAAGGAGGAGUCCUGAACGCGUUGCUGAAGAGAAACGCGCUAAAUAUACGUCGCCCGACUUAGAGCUCGCGGAACCACCUGAAAACUCGAUGGAAGCCUGGAAGCAGAGACGGAUUCGAGACUGCUACUCCGAGAGGCGAGAACAGUCACAACAGUUGACGCAGCGGGAGAUACUAUGGAUACGCGAUGCCGACAAAGACCCGAGGGCGACAUUGUUGCGGGCUCAUGAGAUCGACCGGUUUAUGGGGCCGCGGGGGAGGUAUGAUAGGUCCGACACAACCCCUCACGCCGUGUGGAGGGCCUUGGUAGACUAGGAGUCAGCAGAGGACAACAAGAGAGAGAGCAGCUUCAGACGAUAGGUGUCAAGCUCCUCGGUAAUCGGCCAUAUUGUACGGUAUCAGCUCUGACG